AUGAAGAGUGCCGAAGUGGCAGAUUGUUUCCGUCAUUGUAAAGAAGUGGUGAUGGUGGAGGAGGAGGCUGAAAUGAGAGCAAAGAAGAGCCUCUUAGCAACGGUGCCGCAAGCUACGGGAUUCAUCCGAAUGGCAGAGAUCAUUUUUCAUUCUCUGCGUGGACUGGUAGAAGUGAUCACAACCGCAGCCCUGUUCGUGUCGGUGUCGCCAUCUGCACUUGUUGUCACUUUCAUUAUCCAAUGCUAUCUCCUGGUGGAGCUCUGUUGUUGGUUAAUUUGUACGACAGACCGAGUGGAGGCGAGCAUCGACAAUGGCAGCUGUUGCUACAUUAGGGGUCAACUUGGUGGAAAUAUAAUUUGGUAG